CAACCACACUCGCUGUGUGGCUGGGGUACGCCCUUCUGCAGAAGUCGCUGGCCAUCAAAGACAUAUCCCGCCUCUGUGAGAUUCUGUUCAGAGGUCAUCACAGGACCCUGAAGGAAAGCCCUGGGGAGCGAUGUUCAUCCACCAGGCCGGCGAAGUCCAGUUCAGCACCUCUCGGCGGCGACGAUUGACGGAAUCUUCAAGAGAAAUCUUUCAGAGAUUUGGAUGACUCAGCAAAACCAGGUGACUGGGUCUUCAUCAAAGUAAUCAAACGAAAGACGUGGUCUUCACCCUGGUGGGAGGGACCAUUCCAAGUCCUACUCGCCACACCCACAGCUGUGCAGAAAGACCCAGCUGGAUUCAUCUCAGCCACUGUAAGCUGCAGAGAGUGCUUGGCUCCUAGGCCCCGGUCAGGGCGAAGUAUCCGGCUGCAAAGGGGGUGCCAAUUAUAGUUUGGCAUCAGUCUCAAACCGGUGAAGAACUAAGAACCCUGACCAUUUAGCUCCCUAGGGGUUCAGGUGGCUCUGUGGAACUGAACGGAAAAUGGCACUCAGAGGAGUGCUUGUCUGUGCUGUGGCUGUAGCAUGCUUGCCAAUGACAUGGAGUGUCCUGGGUCCCCAAGGGGAGAGUGGAGCUUCCGCUCGAAUAAAGAGAAUGACGACCGAACUGUUGACAAAGUAUAUAAAGAUAAACCCAGAUAUACCCCAUGCAGACAACAUGUGGUCCCAGUAUGUAUCUAUGUUGGCCGAAACAUACAAUCAAACUGAAUGUUAUGUAUGUUCCAUAAUGCCACGAUCAAGUCAACAGCCCGUCCUACAUGCCCGACCCAUGCCAGAGAAAAAUGGAUGGUGUUUCGCAAUACUAAGGGCUUUUGGGUUUAAUUCCAUCAAAGGACUCAGACGGUCGGAAAUUAAUGAGGCACAACUAACCGCCCAUCCCUGUUACAACAUCUCAAGGCCAUUCACAAUAGUGUCAAGAAGUUCUGUCGUCACACGCGCACCAGUGACUCUCGAAGUGAGUGAAACCAUCUCACAUCCCCUGUGCUUCCGACGAAGACGUGUUGAUGGAAUAAAGGUGGGAGAUACAAAGCACUGCAUCACCACCGCACUUCUAGAACCUUCCAGCAAGACCUCGAUGAAUACCACCUUAGCAAUCAGACAAAUCCUAGCAGGAGGCGAAAAUCCCCACUCCAUCAUCGAAGGGGGAUGGUGGCUCUGUGGUCGCCGAGGCUACGCAGUCCUUCCAGGACAAUGGGAUGGCACAUGUGCCCCCGUAUAUGUGUCAGAUCACACUGUGUUCCUCAGUCUGACACAUUUUCAGGAACAUCAUCAGCGAAAGACACGUGCAGCUGUUGCCCCCACCUUCCAUCCCUACGACAGUGUCUGGGGCUCAGACGUACCAGAUGAAUACAAGCUUUGGAGCACGGGACAAAAGGUGGCACUCACACUCUUCCCACAGGCGGGUGUGGCUAAAACUAUUCUCCGAAUGGAAACUAUGAACUACAGGUUGAAGACCUUUGCCAAUUUUACUCUAGAGGCCCUUACAGGUUACCAGAACUGCAAGCUCUGAGACUAAUGGCACUACAGUCCCGAAUGGUUUUGGACCUCCUGACUGCCGAAAAAGGAGGUGUGUGUGAAAUAGUUGGUACCUCCUGUUGUACCUACAUCCCAGGAGAUAAUUACACCCACAUCGAGUAUACAAGGACUUCGGAACCUCUGUAAAGCUAUGUCCCAGGACGAAACCCCAGCCAAGGAUGUCCAUCCCUUUUGGUGGCUGUUUUAUGGCAAUUGGAGGCAACUUCUCUUGAAAGUUGCAGUUCUUUUAGUUGCCAUACUGUUAUUUCUCUGUAUUUUUACAUCAUGCAUCAUACCUUGUAUUCGUCACAUGAUGACUAAAAUGUUGACAUCAGCGUUUGCUGUCCAGAAUAUCAUGUUGGUCCAGCGUAAACAAGAUGAGUGGGACCACCUUGCGUAAAUCGCCUGCCUGUUUGUUUUUCCUUUUUGAUGAUCCAAAACAAAAUACAUUCCAUUAUGAUGAACAUGGCCAGAGCCGAAUGGAGAGCUGUAGUUCUGAUAACCUCUGGAAUGUAAACUUUCAUACUUUUUGAGGUUACUACCGUUUUUUUCCGUGUAUAGUGCGCCCCCAUGUAUAGUACGCACCCCUAAAAAUGGCAUGCUGAUGCUGGAAAAAAGCUUGUACCCAUGUAUAAUACGCACCCAAUUUUUA